GGGGGCGAACUAUGCAGGCGUCGAGGCGCAUCGCAACUAUAUAAACCCGUACGAUCUCACCCCAAGACAUCAGUGUUUUGUUCGCCGAUCUUCUCACAACAAACAUGGCUUGCAAGCUCAUCUCCCUCCUGGCUGUGGCGUCGGUGGCGACCUUCGCUAACGCAGGGGUAGUCGUUCCAGCGGCGCCGGUCGUCGCUGCCCCGGCUCCGGUUUUGGCAAAACUCGAAGAUUUCGACUCCGCGCCCCAAUACUCCUUCGCCUACGACGUCCAGGACUCUCUCACCGGCGACUCCAAGGCCCAGUACGAGACCCGCAACGGAGACGUAGUCCAGGGCAGAUACUCCCUCAUAGAACCCGACGGCGUCCGUCGCAUCGUCGACUACACCGCCGACCCCGUCAACGGAUUCAACGCCGUCGUCAGCCGGGAGCCCGCCCUGGCCGCGGUGGCCGUCGCCCCGGCGGCGGCCGCCGUUCCGGUGGCCCCGGCCGCCCCCGCCGCUCCGGUCAUUCCGUCGUCCGGUCCGGAUUCGGACGUCGAGGUCGUCGAGGCGCGCUCCGGACCCCUGAAAUCCGGCGGCCCGGCGCCCCCGACGCCCGUCAGGGCGGUUGCCGCCCCGCUGACCUACGCGGCUUACGCCGCCCCGGCCGCAAUCGCUGCCAAUACCUACCAGCGCUUCGUCGGACCGGUCGCCACGGCGCCCGUGGCCAAAGCUGCGGCGCUGGCUUACCCGGCUUAUCCGGCGUAUUCGGCGUACACCGCUACCUACUCGUCACCUUUUGCUUACGCUGCCCCGGCAGCCGGACUCACCUACGCCCCGGCCGCGUUGUGAUUCAGUGGAGCUGACAUGGGACGCCGAUUCUGCGACGAUGUUUUUUUUUUUUGAAACUUUGUAAUAUAAUAUACAUAUGAAUAAACGAUUUGUAAGCCUGUUUUAA